AUGGGCACUGCUGAUACGGAAGCCUCUUCCUGGGCCAAGCUCAACGGGCCCAGCGAUUGGAAACACUGGAUCGCCAGCAUCCGGAAAUCAGCCACCAUAAAGGACGUCUGGGACCUUAUUGACCCUUUUAAGGAAAACAAGGAUCCCCUAGCCCUAUCCUCUAUCCAAGACCGGAUUAUCCUGACUGUCGGCAACUACCGAGAUGUCAUCAAUGAUAAAGAUGACGUUACAAAGGAACUAGCCCUCCUACGGGCCCGGAUCCAGCUAGCUACCUGGUUCCAUGAAAGAGAAGUCCUUAACCGUUAUCGAACAGCCCUCAAGGGGCCCGGCCGGACUAAGACUAAAGAAUGGGUCACAAGCUGGCAGAAGGUCCUUACAGAAGCCCGCAACCUAGGCCUUCCUGGCUCCAAGGGUCUUAGACCAACCCUAGACUUCCUAGAGGCUGUCAGACCGAUAGACCUGACAUUCGCCGAUAUCUGGAUGAAUAAGAUCCAAUAUAAGGUAUUAAAGGGCAAGGCAGACUGGGAAGCGAAGAUCCCGGACGGUAUUAAGAUCAGCGAGCUAUUCGAAAAACAGGCUGCAGAUACGAAGGCACCGAGAGGGUCCUUUGCUACCUUCCAGGGGUCCGGGUCUUCCGGAUCCAACAGAUCUGAGGGACUAAAGACCCCCUGCCUCUGCGGCAAGCAACACCGCUACGCAAAAUGCUAUUAUCUUGUUGCAUCUAUCCGCCCGGCCGGAUGGAAGCCCAACCAAGACACCGAAUUCAAGAUCAAUCAACAGCUCGAAGACCCCGCUACGAAACAACGGAUGUGA